AUCAGAUCAGUAGAAUAAAUAAAUAAGGGAGUGACGUAAUGACGUAUUGAUUUAAAUGCAAUCCCGACUUUUUUUUCCCACGUGAAUCUUGUGUUUUCAGGCGUGUCAGUGGAUCUUUUUCUUCAUUUCGAUGGUGUUUCUCACCAGCUGUUUGAGGUUCUGCGCUUUCUGUUUAGCUUUCAGCAGAAUUUCCUGCGACUCCGGUGUCAAUCUCACACACAGUUUGAGCUGUGGCUUCAGCUGCCGAUGGAUGAACCUCAAAUUCAAGCAGCACCAUGAGACAUGUUUAGGACUGCUUGGAGAAAUGGGAGAGGAAAUCAGCAUCAACUCCUCCAUCCCGGAUAACUGGCAUCACUGGAUCUUUAAUCACACCCAUACUCAGCCUGAGAAGCAGAUCUGGUUCAUCGUUCAGACUCUGGACGAGGUCUCGCGGCUAUUGGAAGAGUCGGACUCUGUGUCCUGGAACAAGGAAAAGCUGGAAACUUUCUUAAAUUUGCUGGAUCAGCAGGCCAACGGACUACGCUCAUGUCUUGAUCACAAAAUGAAAAAGAACAAACGAUUGCCCUUAUACUUCAAAAGACUAAGAGAUCUCACCAAGAACGAGAAGGAGAAGAACGAGGCCUGGGAGUGGAUCAGAAAAGAGCUGCUUCAACUCUUCGGGCUGUUGGACUUUUUCCCUGCCGUCUCUGGGAAUCUCGCUGCAAACGACAAUCAAUCAUAAGCAGAAGAUGAGUGCGGUGGAAACCGGACAGCUCUGAGACCAAAUCACAGAACCGCCAGAGAAAAGCUACUGGCUGUUGUGAAAGCCUCUUAACCUCCAACUGCUCAGCUUUUACUUAAAUCAAUUUUUACUUAUUAUCUAUUUAAUUUCUAAUGAAAUUAUUUAUUUUAAAAGUAUAUGUGUGUUAAAUUAUGAAACAUCUAUCAUGCCUAAUUUCCUUAAGUAUUUCUAUUUAAAAUGUAUUUACAGAUAAAUGAUGUAUUUAUUCAUUCAUGCUUUUUUCACCUGAACUGUGAAAUUUUUGGACGAUUUAACGCUGAAAUAUCUGAAAGUUUUGAAGAUGUCAGUUCGAGAUCCUGUUACAGUUCCACUGCAAG